AUGCCAUGUGAUUUGGACAAACCAAUUGUUACACCAAAAGCGAAUGGAGAUUGGAGAAACAAAGUUGGAUACGAAUCAGUCAAUGAUGUUGUAGAGGAACAAUCCUCAAAUGAAAUAGCUGAAUCUGCAGAGAUGGACGUAGAUGAAGAAGAGGAGGAAGUAAACUACCCUAAUGAUGAUGAAUCAUACAUCACACAAAGAUAUGAUAUGUUAAUUAUAUCAAGUUUUUAUGUUGGCAAAAGAAGAAGUUGA